AUGCCAAUUGAGAUAUUAGCUCUGGGAUCUAAUGGGAACCAUCAGCUGGGCCUCGGUCAUGAUGAAGAUGUUUCAAUUGCAGAAUCUCUGAAUCCAGAUUUCAUUAAUUCUACGGGACAUGCCAUCAGUCAAAUUGUAAGUGGUGGUAAUCACACACUUUUUAUUACUGCAGAUGGGGACGUUUUUGGGUGUGGUAGUAAUGAUCACGGUCAAUUAGGUAGCAACAUCAACGAUAAAGUUAUAAAAGAACCGAAAAAACUAGAUCUAGCCGGUGAAAAAAUUCGCACUGCCGCUGCUGGCUGGGAAUAUAGUAUCUUUGUAACCGAUAAUGACCAGCUGAUUUCCUGCGGUAAUGGUCCAAAAGGCGAACUUGGUAUUGGUCCUAAAAUUCCUAUCUCUGCAACUAAUGAUGAACCUACGUUUCAUAAGAUUAGAGACUUUCCGCCAGAAGGAACCAGGGUGGUGAAAAUUAACGCCGGUCUGGCUCACGUAGUGGUACUAUUGGAUGAUAAUUCUCUAUGGGGAUGGGGUUCAUCUCGAAAAGGACAACUGGGUGACCAGAAUUCAGCAAGGAAAAUAUGUUUUGAGCCUGUAUUUAUCAUGAAAAAGGACAAGAACGAUUCCAUUAGUCAUCUUUCUUGUGGACGGGAGUUUACAGUAUUUGGCUGCGAAAAAAGUGGAACUAUCGAAGUUUUAGGAGGUGAGAAGUGGGGUUUCAAGGGCCAAUUGUCUUCUCCGAUGAGUGCUGACUUGUCUGCAUUGAAAUUUAUUGCCGUUGAUUCAGGAUGGUCAACUAUUCACAGACUGUCCAGUGAUGGAAAAGAAAUCACUUCUUGGGGCAAUAACAGCCAUUUUCAACAAGCUCCGACAUCUAUUAGAUCAUUGGGGCUAAAAUUUAACGAUCUUGUAGAUGGUAGUGAACAUUCUGUAGUAAUCACAGACGACCGUCGAAAUGUCUACGCCUGGGGAUGGGGUGAGCAUGGAAAUUGCGGUGCUGCUGGAUUUAACGAUGAUAACCAGACCUACAAACUAUAUUCAACGACAGAUGCGACUAACAGAAUCAAGAAUGUAUUUUGUGGUCAUGCUACCACUUGGAUAAUUAUUGAAAGGAAUACAUAA